UCCUUUUUAGUAUUAAAACAGGGGACUAGGUGAGAAAAAAAGAGGCAAGUUUCCUUAAAACAAGAAUUAGGCCUAGAGAGACGACCUCGAAACUUUAAGAAACAAAGGGGAAAACAGCCUGAAACAACAAAAAAGCCAAAAACUGAACAGCAAUAGAAAACAAAAGUGAAAGUAAAAACGCAAUUGCUUAAGAGAGAGACCUAAUGUGGAGCUGAGCUGGCACUAUGAGGGAGGAGGGCAGAGAAUCAGAACGCGGAGAGCAAGGGAAGCAGCUCAUUGCUACAGACAGAGCUCUGUUAAAAUGGAAAAUCAAUCCGCUUCUGGAGGAGAUGUGGAUUUAACAAAGAUAUCGGAGUUUGACCCGUCUUUCAAGCCAGUUUUUCCAGCUGCUUGGAAGAAUAUCGAUAUUAGCAGACUUAUCCUUCAAAAUGAAGAAAUCCACCGAAAAAUACGUGAACAGAUGCCUAGGGGGCCGAUUUAUUCAAUGAGAAGUGAACUUAAAAGGCUUAAGACACAUUUGGAUCUUGAACCCAUGUCUACUUGGUCACCAACAGAACUUGCUGCUGCUGGAUUCUACUGCACUGGGCUAAGUAACAGUUCCCAAUGCUUCUCCUGUGGUUUAGUCCUGUGCAAACAUUCAACAAGCUUCUCCCCAAUGGAGAAUCAUCACAAAUUCAGCCCUAAUUGUGCGUUCAUUCAGGGCAAAGAUGCUGGGAAUAUCAGCAAAUAUGAUUUGCGCCUUCAGCCUUCCAAUGUUAUUUCAACAAAUGAACACGUGACAAUGGAAAGUGAAGAGAAAAGGCUAGAAACAUAUACAAACUGGCCUGCAUACUCUUUGAUAGCUCCAGCUGUUCUAGCACAAGCAGGUUUCUUCUUCACAGGAACAAGAGACAAUGUGCAAUGCUUCUCAUGUGCUGGGUGUCUAGGAAACUGGUUAGAAAAUGAUGACCCCUGGAAAGAGCAUGCAAAGUGGUUCUCUAGGUGUGAAUUCCUUCGAAGUAUAAAAUCUCAGAGGGAAAUUAAUCUUUACAUUCAGAGUUACUCAGGAUUUGCAGGUGUCACAGGUACAUCAUUCAUAAACAACGAAAAGUUUCAACAGACAGGGGUAACAAAAAAGAUGCUUCCCCAUCUUGAAGAUGUCAAAGCUCUGAACCAUCAUCUAGUUAAACUUUACAGUGACCAAGUUUUUCAGAAGGCAUACCCCUUUGGGGAUUCUGUUGAAAUGCAUAUUGAUCUAAAUUCUCAGUUUGCCGAUAUAUCUGUUGUUCUGAAGGACACCAAAAAUCUACCCAUUGAGCAGCUCACACUGCCUGAUAUUCUUUCCCGCUUCAGUGACAUCACCAUGAUCGAAGGUGAAGCUGGCAGUGGGAAAACAGCUCUCCUUCGGAAGAUAGCCAUUCUAUGGGCCUCAGGGACCUGCCCCAUACUAAGCAGGUUUGCCCUUGUCUUUUAUAUCUCUGCUUCCUCUAUUGAAAACAAACAAACGUUAAGUGACAUUAUAUGCAAACAGCUUCUUGGAUGCAAUAAUUAUCUCACUGAAGAAAGUUUUGAAGAAAUUAUAAAACACUUGGGUAAUCAGAUUCUGUUCUUGGUGGAUGACUAUGGCGUGAUGGGCCCUGUUGCUGAAGCCAUAGAGGAGCUUAUGCUAAAGAAUCAUGCAAACAGAGCAAGUGUUGCGGUCACUGUACUUACAGGUAAAAGUAGAAAGCUGCGGAAAUAUGCCAGAGCAGUUCUUAGCAUUCAGGAAUUCCCUUUGUACAGCUCUCUCUACUUGAUCAAGAACCUAUUUCCACGUGAUGUUGAAAGGUUAAAAGAAUUUUUUAUGACUUUAGAAUUAAACAAAGGUUUGCAAGCUACCCUGCAAACUCCUCUGAUAAUUCUGGCUCAAUGUUCCUAUUGGGUUCAACACCCUGGGGCAAGGGGAAUCAGUGAUACACAUGCUUUCAAGGCAUAUCUAAUGUACCAUAUAAAAAAAUGUCCCAGCCAUAGUGAGAAAGUAAAGGAUUUAGUGAAACUAUGUGGAGAUCUUGCUCUCGAUGGUAUUUUUCAGGCCCGCUUUAAUUUUACAGAAGAUGACCUUGGCCAAUUUGAUUUAGAUAUUGAUGAAGUUGUCAACUUUGGCCUACUGAGCAAAAUCACAGCUCAAAGAUUUAGACCACUCUACCGGUUCUUUCAUCCAUCAUUCCAAGAGUUUCUUGGUGGAAAAAGGUUAGGUGAACUACUGGAAUCUGAAGAACAAGAUGAAUUGGACACAGGAUUUCAAUACCUUAAACGUGUAAAUACAUUUCUCAAAAUUGUUGGAUGUUACCACUAUUUGGUAAAGUAUGCCAUCGGGUAUUCAGCAAAAGCGGCUACAAAAAUCUUGUCACAUCUAUUCAGUUUAUAUAGCAGCCAGGAAGCUCUGGAUUGCCAUGUAGAGAGUAGGAAACACUUACAGAUUCACCCUGAACUUGAGCUACCAGAACAAAUAUUAAUCAAUACAUUAAAUAAAAUUUUAUAUAUAAAUUAUGAUUCAUACAUAAUAGAUCUCCUAUUAACCUUUGCUGUUGAAGCAGGUAGUGAAAGUCAGUUCUUGGCUGACUGUGCGCCCACAAUCACAGAGUUUCUUACAGGGAAAACAAUGUCCUUCACCCUGAGCCCAACUUCUGGGGCUUUGGGUUUUUUCAUUUCUUCUGGUGAAAGCUUCUUUCUCUUUAUAGAAAAACACCCAGAAAGCAUCUCUCUGCUGAGAUGUAUUCAGUGUAACAUUUUUCCAAAUAGUCCUCGCACAGUACAAGAUUUUUCUGAAAUGUCAUCUAUACCUAAAACCUUUGGGAUUCCUACAGUAGAACGUGAAUAUUCAUCUGCGUUUCGACUUCUCAAUGAUGUUGUGCAAGAAAAUCAGCAAAAGAUAAAUGAGACUAAAGAUGUGUUUGACUUAUUCCCUCAAGAAAUUACCAUCAGCGAUUCCAUGGUUCAGGCAUUUACUUCCUUGAAGGGACACAAGGUACCACUUCUCCAAAUAGAAGCAACUGAUGUUAAUAUCAAAAACUUUGCCCAGUCCAACUGCGAAAAACUGAAGGUUCUUUUCUCAAUCUCUGAUCACAUUCAUCUUAAGUUAAAUAACUGUAGCACUUUUUUCCAAAACAACUGGCCAGCCAUAGAGGACAACUUGGAAUCUUUCUCUGGGUGUUAUAUAAAUAACACAGAUUUGAAUGAAGAAGAACAGACACAGCUUUUCAAGAUGACUGCUCUGGAAUCCUUACAUAUAAAAGGGUCUCUGGAGGCUCAACCACCAGAUAUCUUGAUUUCUGGAGUGCAUAAUUUUACACAUUUGACUGAACUGGUCAUUCAUUUUCCCAAGUUCCCAAAUGUAGUAGAACUAAUACCAGAUCAGUUUGGACAGCUUGAGAAGAUGAAAAUCCUUCAUUUUACGAAAGUAUCAUCAAAGUUUGCUGAAUUCCUUAAAAAUUUUCGAAACCUGGAAACACUCUUUUUAAGUUUGAAGCCCUUUACAGGCUUUGAAGGCCUCAUGGCAUCCCUCGCAACUUAUAAGAAGCUGAAAGAGUUGCAUCUCCCUGGGCCAUGUCUUCAAGACACCGAAAUAGCUUUUUUAGCUGAAGCAAUCAAGAAUUUGAAAUCUCUUGUCGCGCUUAAUUUGAAAAACCAAAUAAUUACAGCAAGGGAUGUUUCUGAAAAAAUUGCUGUCGCACUGGGAUCUCUUGUUCACCUAAAAUACCUGGCGUUGCCAAAGGGUAAAGGAAUGGAACAUGCUGCAAAUCUGUUUAUACAACAACUACAGAAUCUGCCUAACCUGAAGUAUCUCUAUAUAGAGGAGAUACUAGACAGUGAAAGUAUCAUACAAUUAGGAAAAGCAGCAAAAUCUGGAUACUUAAGAAGAAUCUAUCAGCUUGAUUUGCCCGCCAACGAUAACAUCGAAGAGUUUGGGUGGAAAAUAUUUUUCGAAACUGCUUGCGAAAUGCCAGAAUUGACCCAUUUAUUUAUAAGCAGGCUGUACACCAAUCAGAUAAAGUGCCAUGCUAGCACAGUCACUUCUUUUGUUCGGUUUGUGUCUAAAAUGCCAAGCCUUAAAAAAAUCGUAAUGCAUGGGUGGCUACUGGACAAAGAUGACAUUAACAUGUUCAAUGCAAUGAAAGAGAAUCAUCCUCAAUCCAAGAGCCUAAACAUUUAUUGGCAGUGGGUUUUACCUGUUGCUCCAAAAAUUGAGAAUUAGCAUAAGAUGACUCUUUACCUUUAUUAAAUAAAAUGAUCAUUUUGUGUUAA